GCUGCAAUCGAACCUAUUAUGGUGAUACUGGACAAACCUAUUCAUUGGAAUUGCAUCGUCCCAAACAGGAUCGUUUGCCGUACAUUUGUCAAUUGACAUUUACAGCAGCUGGAGGACAGCAUGGUGAUGUUGUACAGGUUACUUUGGAUAGCUUUACAAUUGGACGCUUCACUUCAUAUACCCAGGAUGGCUGUCCGGAUGGCUAUAUGCAAAUCGCUGAAUCAGCCCGCACACCCAUUGGUGGCAUGUGGUGUGGCACCUCAUGGGGACCAGUUCUGUUCUAUAGUGAAUCUCGUUCGUUGAUUUUUACAAUCAAACUAAAUAAAUUAGCACGUGAUCAAAGUGGUUAUAAUUUCGACUUUCGUAUACGUUACAAAAUGCUAUCCCGUGACAGUUCCGUUACACGUUAUGGUGGAAUAAAAGUUGAAGACCUUCAACAAUGGCACAAUCGCAGCAGUUUCCUACACCAACAAAACAGUGUCGAGGACUUUACAAAUUCAAGUGGCGCCCGCUCGGAUCGUUAUGGUCAGGAUUUCAGUUUGUUCAGCGCUUAUGCAAAUAAUAAAACAUUUAUGGAUUCGCUGAAUAAUCAAAUGGCGAGAGACGAACAGAAUUAUACCGAACCCAAAUAUUAUUUAGGUGAUUUAAUACCCGGCACUUAUUGUUCCCGUAUCUUCAGCGAUUGCGAUAAAAAGGCCUGCCGUCUACAAUCGCCCAACUAUCCGGGAAUAUAUCCACGAAAUUUAACGUGUUAUUUUGCUGUUAGACAGCAUGAUGUACCACAUGGCAAACAUGCAUUAAUUUUGGUUAAACAACCAAAAGGAAAUCUGGUUUGGAUCUCAACACUGGAUACCAGCAGUACAACCAAAAUCUCAGCCAGCACAAAUGAAAAGGAUAAGAAAUUUGAGCCCAAACUUAAGACAUGGUCGGAUUGUGAUAAAAUACAGGACUACGUGACCAUAUAUGAUGGCUAUACUACGCGUGAUCCAAUUAUGCUGAAAUUCUGCGGUGGCGGCCAAGCUGUGCCAGCUGCUGUCUCCAGUGGUCCGGAGUUAUUAGUGGAGUUCACCACUUCACCCUAUGGCACAUUUACUGGAAGUUCAUCACAAGUCUUGCCACUUUAUGGCUUUCAAUUGGAGGUUGAAGUUAUUUUUGUCGAUGUACAAUCACCCACCUAUUCGAAAAACAAAAAACCCUGUGAAUUCUGGAUAAGAGGUGCAGGACGCGGCAUCUUGGAAAAUCCCAAACACUCGCUGGCGCCCAACACAACCUGCCUCUAUCAUCUGCAAGGUGUUGGCAUAUUUAAAACAUUCGAUCAUUUGAGCCUUUCAAGGCGUACAAAUGCCCAAGGGGCCCAUGCCCCACCCUCACGUUUCAAGGUGUGGAUAUCAAUGUUGAAAUUUAAUUUGGAUCCGGAAUUCGGACAAAUUGAUGAAACCUCCGUUGGGGCAAUUGGAGUUUUACAAACCCAGGAAGAUUGUAGUGGGAUGUUGCGUAUCUGGGAUGGAUCGAUGAGAGAACCACCAGUGUGUAAAGAUCUGAAUUGUAUUACGGAAACAAAUCUGGUCCAUCCCUCACUGCAACAGUACUCACACAAUACCACCAAUGUUAUAGCCCGUUAUUGUCGUGGCACUGUACCGCGAACCUGUGAUCGUGCAAAUAUCAAUGAAACCUAUGCCCGACCCUGUACCGUAUCGGAGAGUUAUGUUUCCAGUGGCGAUUCAAUAACACUGGAAUUGAAAAAUACCGAAUCGACAGUUUUAAGGCCAUUGGAAUUUAAAUUAAAAUACGAAUUCAUAGAUCUCCAUCAAGAUGGCCUGCCCAUGGGUGGUGGUGAACUCGAUUGUAAUCGUAAAUUUGUCAGUAGCCUAAUGGACCGUAAAGAUCCGGCCAUUUUUCGCAGUGUACGAAAUAUAUUCUUGUUUGGACGUGGCGGCACACGCAACCUCAAGUGCAUAUACAAAUUUGAAGGGAUGCGUGGCGAGAGGGUUCGCAUUAAAUUACGCAAAGUGACCACAAUGAAUCGUCAGUGUAUGUCACGUGUGGAUGAGGACAUAAAUAGGUCAUUCUGUUACGGUGAUACCAGUGUUAAAGUAGAGAUAUUCGAAAGGCCAUAUCAUGACACCAUUUUACUGCCUCGCGGUUGCCUUUGCAACUCAUCAAACUCUUCACAUUUACCGGUGGAAUAUACAUCGACCAGUCGUGAUGUGGAAGUCCAUUUCACAGCCUACAACAUGUCCACACUCGAUGAUCCGGAUGCUUUAAAUUUCGAGGGUAUGUUUGAAUUUGUAAAAGGGCCAACGAAUUGCAAGGAUGGUCGCCGCAAAUUCGGUCCCAGUGGGACAAUCGAUAUGACAUUCGGUGAUAUGGAGUGUCGCACUCGACCAUGGCUUAUUGAACCAUCGAAUGGUAAUAAAUUUCUUUAUGUUCGAUUAAAGGCGAUAUUCUUGCGAAAAUAUAAUCCGAAGAAAGCAUCGAAUACAAGUCUGUCGGUCACAAGUUCAUAUCGAUGUGAGACAAAUUCAAGGGUUGUCCUGACGACAUCAGAAGGUUUGUCAAUUACCGCCUGCCCCCUAUCGCCCAACUCCAAAGCCUAUGAGUUUGUGGAAAUAUUCAGUGCCGGCUGGAAUGAACGUCCCAAUUUUGCCAUAGCAAAUCGUUCGAAAGCCAUCAGUGUAGAGUUCCUAAGACCAGAGAAUGGUGAUUUUUCAUUUAAUUGGAUGGAAUUGAUACCAGGACCAACGUUAAGUAUUGCAGAAGAAUGCCAAUACAAAUGCAGUGAACUGAAUGCCUGUGUCAAUGCCAGUGUUUGGUGUGAUGGCAUCCAGCAUUGUCCCUCAGGUGAUGAUGAAACAUUCCUACAAUGUUCGGCCAUUAUGAAGCUACCCACAGAAAUAUUGGCAACAUUGUGUCUGAUUAUUGUGCUCUUCUGUUGUGCAUUUGCAGCAUUUGCCUACAAAAAAAUCAAAAGAAAAUUUCGUGGAUCAUCGGUAUUGCAGACCCGACUCAAAUCGCUCAGUUCCAUGGAUACUGCCGUCUUGGAUGAAAAGGAAGUGAUUUGCUGACAAAGCGACAAUUCUGUGCGAUAUGUGGAAAUAGAUCGGGUCACUACAGUCUGACCGCAUUCUAGGACCACGUUUUUAACAAACAAAUAUCGCACAGAAUUGUGUUACUAUUUACAGUAGACUGU